CCGAAGGGGGGCGGACACAGACAACUGAGAACAGACAGUGCUUGUCCUUGAGACAUGACUUCCCUAGCAUUUCCCAUCUAUAUUCCCGGGACAGUCAAAGACGUUAGCGCGUCUGUCUGACAAGAUGCUGGGUGUUUUUGUCAGAACCGUGCUGCGGCCAGGCGUGACGAAGCCGUGUCGCCUGGUCAGACCGAUAAUACAGAUCCCUGAAAGGACCCUGGUCAACCAGGAGGGUUUGCCUAAGCUUCCUGUGCCACCCUUGAAGCAAACAUGCGAGCGCUACUUAGCCGCUCUGGAGCCCAUCGUCAGCAAGGAGGAGCUGGAUUACACCCGGGAGCUGGUUCACGAGUUCCUCAACGGUGGUGUGGGACAACGGCUUCAGAAAGAACUGGAACGACGGGCACGCAAGACAGACAACUGGCUGACAGAAUGGUGGAUGCAGUCGGCCUAUUUAGACUGCCGAAUGCCCGUGGCGGUUUACACCAGCCCCGGAGUCGUGCUCCCCCGGAUGCACUUUCAAGAUCGCCAAGGACAAAUGAGAUUUGCGGCGAGACUAAUCGCAGGAGUGUUGGACUUCAAAAAAAUGAUUGACACCGAUACUCUGCCUGUAGAGUAUCUGAGUGGAAAGCCACUGUGUAUGGACCAGUAUUACCAGAUCCUGUCCUCCUGUCGUAUUCCCGGACCAAAGAGAGACACUGUUGUAAAUCACGCCAUCGGGAAAACAGCCCCUACUCACAUCACCGUCGUCCACAACUUCCAGUUCUUUGUAUUGGAUGUGUACAACAGCGACGGUAGCCCUCUAACAGUAGAUCAGAUUUACAUGCAGUUGGAGAAGAUCUGGAACUCCUCUUUGCAGACUAACAAGGAACCGAUUGGCAUCCUCACAUCACAGCACCGCAACACCUGGGGGAAGGCCUAUAACAACCUCAUUAAGGAUAAGACAAACAAGGAGUCGGUCCGUGCAAUCCAGAAAAGCAUCUUCACAGUUUGUUUGGAUGCUCCCAUGCCGCGGGUGUCAGAUGAGCUCUAUCAGAGCCGCGUGGCUGCUCAGAUGCUGCACGGAGGAGGAGCUCGCUGGAACAGCGGCAACCGUUGGUUUGACAAGACGUUACAGUUCAUCGUUGGAGAAGACGGUACUUGUGGACUGGUGUACGAACAUGCGCCUGCCGAGGGUCCGCCCAUUGUGUUUCUCAUCGAUCACGUUGUUAAAUACAUGCAGAGGACUGAAAUAGUUCGCUCCCCUAUGAUUCCUUUGACAAUGCCUCAGAAACUACGAUUUAACAUCACACCUGAGAUCAAGAGAGACAUCGAGAAAGCCAAACAAAACAUGAACAUAAUGGUACAAGACUUGGAUGUCAAGGUGCUCAUGUUUUCUCAUUAUGGGAAAAAGGUGCCUAAGCAACAUAAGCUAAGUCCAGAUGCCUUUGUGCAGAUGGCUCUUCAGCUUGCCUACUUCAGGAUGUAUAACGUUUGCUGCUCCACCUAUGAGAGCGCAUCGUUAAGAAUGUUUAAAUAUGGACGAACAGACGCAAUCCGCGCAACUACUGUACAGUCGUUUGAGUUCGUCCAGGCCAUGCAGGACCCAUCCAAACAGAACACAGAGAGGUUGGCGUUGCUUCAGAAGGCUGUUGAGACGCAUAAGGAAAACACAUACAACGCAAUUCAUGGACAGGCCAUUGACAGGCACCUCCUCGGUCUGAGGUUACAGGGUAUUGAAGAUCUGACCUCAAUGCCAGAGAUAUUCAUGGAUACCUCCUUUGCUGUUGCUAAUCACUAUAAUCUCUCUACCAGCCAGGUUGGCUCCAAGACAGACUGUGUGAUGUGCUUUGGUCCAAUGGUGCCAGAUGGCUAUGGAGUGUGCUACAAUCCCAUGGAUGAGCACAUCAACAUCGCCAUCACAGCCUUCAACAGCUGUGAGGAGACGCACGCUGCCAAGUUUGCCCAAGCUGUAGAGGAAGCACUGUUAGACAUGAGAGCUCUCCUGGAAGACACGGCCACGGCCAAACACUGAUCCCACGUAGGAGGCUGGCUCGGUUUUGUGUGGGAGCUGGAACUGAACCGGUGCUGGAGUCGUUGGCAGGACGCCACUCUGGCAUGGACGCACAAUGUACUGAGUGUGUUGAAGCUAAGGCUAAACCUGUUACCAAUGGGAUUGUGGGAAAUGUAAUGUUUAGUUGUCAUUGCACUGCCUUUAAGACAAGCAGCAGUUGUCUGUGAUGGAAUUUCUAUAUUUUAAUAUAUUGUGUUAUAUGUAUAUGGAUUUGCAAAUUGUUAUAACUUUAUUUGUACUUAAGCGGUUCACGGUGCAGGCCUCAAAAUGACAGUUCUCAUUUAAACUAAAGAUUUUUGGUUGGUU